CUUUGUAUAUUUCCGUGUUUUGAGUUAUCUUUCUUAGUAACUACCGAGAUCGUGGUACCGAGUAGCAGAAAAAUGGGGAAAGUCAAGAAGACUAAAAAGUUUGCUGAAAUGAAGAGAAUGCUCAGUUUGAAAGAUUCCAGACUGAAAGCCAAAGAUCGCCUUAAGAAGAAAAGGCCUGCCAAAAAACAGGAAAACUUGAGUGUCCGUGCUCUUCCACAGGUGCCAUCUUCAUUGUUCUUUAACUACAAUGAACGGCUUGGACCCCCUUAUCACAUUUUGGUCGAUACCAAUUUUGUCAACUUUUCAAUUUCCAACAAACUGGAUGUCCUACAGUCUAUGAGGGUUUGCCUGGAUGCACAUUGUAUACCCUAUGUUACUGACUGUGUGAUGGCUGAAUUAGAAAAGCUAGGAAGACGCUACAGAGUUGCACUGAGGAUUGUGAAAGAUCCUCGCUUUCAGAGGCUGCCUUGCUUGCACAAGGGAACAUAUGCAGAUGACUGUCUUGUUCAGAGAGUAACUGAGCACAAGUGCUACAUUGUAGCAACAAAUGAUAAAGAUCUAAAAAGAAGAAUCAGGAAGAUACCUGGUGUACCUAUUAUGUACAUACACAACCACAGAUAUGCAAUUGAGAGGAUGCCAUAAAGUUUCUGUCAUAAAGUUUUCUUGACACAGAGACUUAAGGAAACAAAAUUGUUUUGAAUGAACAUCUUUAUACUGAUGCUACCAUCUAUGUGUGCGACUUCUACAGCAGUUCAGUGCUGAGAGACAACAUGUAUAUUUUGAAGGAUGAGUCAUGGCUGAAAUAAAAUAAAAGUUCACAAACAA